AUGGUGCAUGCAAUGGAUCCAGAAGACAUAAUGGCAUCCACCGAAAUGCUGAGUUUGCUCAAACCGGAUCUAGUGCAGAAAGCUGGAAGUCAGUCCAGUGAGGCCCGGAACGGAGAAAAAGAAAAGAAAAGUAAUGGAGGGGGGCAUGACUAGGUGGAAAGUGGAAGACAACAAGAGGUUAAAGAUGGGAGAGAGGACAAGAUCUCUGAUGGAGGAAAGGACAUGAUCUCUGAUGGGGGAGAGGACCUGAUCUCUGAUGGUGGAGAGGGCCUGAUGUCUGCUGGAGAAGAGGGCCUGAUCUCUAAUGGGGGAGAGGACCUGAUCUCUGAUGGAGAAGAGGACCAGAUCUCCGAUGGAGGAGAGGACCAGAUCUCCGAUGGGGGAGAGAACCUGAUCUCUGAUGGAGAAGAGGACCUGAUCUCUGAUGAUGGAGAGGACCUGAUCUCUGAUGGAGGAGAGGACCAGAUCUCUGAUGGAGAAGAGGACCUGAUCUCCGAUGGAGGAGAAGACCAGAUCUCCGAUGGAGGAGAGGACCUGAUCUCCGAUGGGGGAGAGAACCCGAUCUCUGAUGGGGGAGAGGACCUGAUCUCUGAUGGGGGAGAGGACCUGAUCUCUGAUGGAGAAGAGGACCUGAUCUCUGAUGGAGGAGAGGACCUGAUCUCUGAUGGUGGAGAGGACCUGAUCUCUGAUGGAGGAGAGGACCAGAUCUCUGAUGGAGGAGAGGACCAGAUCUCCGAUGUAGGAGAGGACCUGAUCUCUGAUGGUGGAGAGGACCCGAUCUCUGAUGGAGGAGAGGGCCUGAUCUCUGAUGGUGGAGAGGACCCGAUCUCCGAUGGAGGAGAGGACCCGAUCUCUGAUGGAGGAGAGGGCCUGAUCUCUGAUGGGGGAGAGGACCUGAUCUCCGAUGGUGGAGAGGACCUGAUCUCUAAUGGAGGAGAAGACCUAAUCUCUGAUGGAGGAGAAGACCUGAUCUCUGAUGGGGGAGAGGACCAGAUCUCCGAUGGAGGAGAGGACCCAAUCUCCGAUGGAGGAGAGGACCUGAUCUCUGAUGGGGGAGAGGACCUGAUCUCUGAUGGGGGAGAGGACCUGAUCUCCGAUGGGGGAGAGGACCUGUACUCUGAUGGAGGAGAGGACCUGAUCUCUGAUGGGGGAGAGGACCUGAUCUCUGAUGGAGGAGAGGACCUGUACUCUGGUGGGGAGGGGGAUCUGUAGUCUGAGUUGGAGGAGUGUUGUGCACUCUGCAGGGUAGCUGGUAGGAUCUUGA